AUGAUAAAAAGGUUGCCGGGUAGUAGGAAUCAGAGAUCCAAAGGUGUUAAGAUAAAGCAUGUUCUGCAGGUUAUUCUGCUGCUUGGUGUGUGCUUCUGGUUGAUCUACCAGGUUAAGCACAAUCACGACAAGAAGAAAGAGUUUGAUAAGAAUGAUUCAACACUAUCAUCGGUCAGAACUGAGACGGAUACGGUUGUGAAACUAGGUAGAAAGGACCUUCAUCCGGUUAAGGAUGAAGUAGAUCAGAAUGAAAAGCAAGAAGAGGAAGAUGAACCUGUUGUAGAGGAUGCGGAAAAUAAACGCGAACAUGGUGAACAAGAAAAACAAGGGAACAAGCAUGAAACUGAAGAAAGAGAAGAACAGGAUGAAGAAGAAAAUAAGCAUGGAACAGAAGAACAGGAGGAAGGUGAAAAUAAAACCGAAGAGAUUGAAGAUGAAGGAGAUGUUGAGAUAGAUGAAAAUGAUCAUGAGAAUGAGAAAUCAGAUGUUGAUAAUGAUCAAGAUGAUGAGGAUGCGGAUGAAUUGAAAGACAAAGUAGAAGAUAGUGAUGAGACGGAGAAUGAAGACAAGGAGGACGAGGAAAAGGGGGGUUUAGAUGAAAAUCAUGAAGCUCGGGAGGAACAUUACAAGGGCGAUGAUGCGUCUAGUGCUGUGGCUCAUGACACUCACGCAACUAGCACUGAAACUGAAUCGAUUAAUUUGACACAGGCUGAUCUAAGCGAACGAAUGAAUAUCAAACAACCAGACAACACAACAAGUUUUCAUUCUGAUGAGAAUAACAGGAUUCAAAAUGAUUCUGAUUUGUCGGAUAGAGAACAUGAAGUGGCAGAUGCAGUUACUUCUAAUGUGACUUCCGGUAAAGAGAUUGGAAAUGACAGUUUGUCUACCGAAACAGCCGAAACAAAGACUGAUAGCCACUUGGAUGUAAGAAGUAAUCUGACAGCAGUGGUUAUUGAAGCAAGCAAUAACUCAACAGGCGCUGGUGAUGACACGGCAAAUUCAUCCGAACAAAUAAAAAGAGUUAUUGUAUCUGAGUCUGAUAAUGCUCAAAAUGCGACAGCUAAUACGACAGUUGCUGGAGAUAUAAAGCAAACUGAGGGAUUAGAGCAGAGUGGCAACAAAACUUCCGAAGGAAACCUGCCUGAUAAUGAUGCAACUGUCUCCAGUAAACCUGAAAAUCAUGAUGCUGAUGCAACUGUCUCCAUUAAACCUGAAAAUCAUGAUGCUGAUGCAACUGUCUCCAUUAAACCUGAAAAUCAUGAUGCUGCUCCGCGAGAAUCUCCUACUCUAGGGGCUAGUGCAUUAGAGAAGACAAUUGGAGUCGUAGCUUCAAAUGAAACUGAAAACAUUUCUGGUAAUCUGGACAUAAAUGUGACCUCUGAUACCACUGAAAGCGACAAAUCCAAAGGUAGCACCGAAACUAAUGAAGCAAACGAAACUCAGAAUACCGACGCCACCAUGGAUGAAAUGUUCAAGAGCAAUACUCAAACACGUGAAACUGAUGAAAAACCAGACUCUUCCAAUGCCAAUGAAAUUCUAGACUCAGUUAUACACGACGCAAUUGAUUCUUCUGACACUCAGAACAUACACGAGGAUAUGGCAACGGCUCAAACUGAUCUUGAUACGUUGCCGGAGAUUCAAACCGAAGGAAACGACGGCGAUGAAAAUUCAGCAGAGUGA